AUGAGUUAUUUCAUUGCCAAUUGCUGUUUAAAAUUAAAUGCUUUUGCUUGUGGUUCAAAUGAAUCCUCAUCAUCAUUGGGCAAGAAAAGGAGAAAGUUGAAGACACACCAACAUGGUAUUGUGAACAAUGCUAGUACAAAUAGCAAAGUCAUUAAUCGUACUGAACCGACUCCGAUCAGAUCCCAUCAUCAACACUAUGUCAAUGUCACAUAUCUAAAUCACACUAUUCAACAACAGAACAGUAUAAACAAAUCUUCUCCAUGCAAAACUAAUAAUUCAAAACAAACGAAUAAAUAUUCUUAUGAAUGUUCAUUGAAUUCUUUUAUUAGCCAUCGUUUAUCCCAACGAUCUUCUUCUAUAUUAAGUAACGGUAUUUUAAUAAAAAAUAUAACUCUUCGUCGAAAUUAUCCAAAUGAAAGGUUAGGUUUAACUCUUUGUUAUGGUAUAACAUCAAAGUCAACAACUAACAUUUAUAUUCAACAAGUUGAUGAAGAGAGUAUCGCUGGUCAUCAAGGUGAACUUCGAAGCGGUGAUCAAAUUAUCAAAAUAAACAAUCAUCGUGUUACAAGUCGAGACGAAGCAAUUAAUCUUGUCAAUGGUGCUUGUCGUAUACUUUUACAAAUAAUUCGAUUUGAAUUUCCAAAUCAAAAUUUUCCAAUAAUUCAAUCAAUACCGUUAACUGAAGAUGAUAGUGGUGUUACUCUUGCUUGUAAUACUGAUUUUGAAACUACAAAUGAUUGGAUACAUCAAAGAUCAUCCAAUGAAUGUAAUAAUCUAUUGAAGAGUUGUAUAAGUUUAUCGGCAUCUCCACUAAAUUAUUGUUCGAAUUGUCGUCGUAUUCAAUCGUAUUCUCGCCAAUUUCAAUAUCGUCGUUGUUUAUCAUUAAAUGAUAUAAGACCAUGUUCCUUAAUAACAGAAAAAAUCGAUCAAACAAAGUUGUUCAUUCGUUCUCAAAGUCUUAUUGGAAUAACAACAGAUAAUGAACAAGUAAUUCUUAAGCCACUUCCAUUUCAUCAUCAACAAGAAAGUUCAAUAAAAUAUCCAGAUGAUAGCGACAGUGGUUUAGUAUGUGGCCGAUCUCAAUCCAAAGAUUCUCAUCGUUUUCGACAUAAUCGAAAUCCGUUAACAUUAAAAUAUUUUCGGCGUCGUUAUCGUGAACAGUAUUUAAAAGAACAAUAUCAAACAACCGAUGAUGAGCCAAUGAGUGAAUUAAAACAAGGUCGAUAUUGGACAAGACAACAAAGAAAAGAACAUUUAGCAAAAGCAAAACAAUAUCGACAACGAGCUAAAUUUUUUCAACAAUCUUCAAUAACUCCUUGUUCAGAUUCGGCAACAGAAGAUUUCAACUUGUUAAAUAGAAUUUUUCUUAGAGAAAAUCUACAGGAAUUAAAACAGAUGCCUCAUUUAGCUUAUAAAUAUGGACAGGAAUCAUCAAUUGAGAAAGAUAGAUUAAAACGAAUGAUUCAACAGCAUUAUUUUAAUAGAAUUAGAUCUCAAUCAACUACAACGGUAUCGAUUUCUAGCACUAUUGAUCAAUCUUCACUGGUUAUUCUUUGA